AAAAGUUAUAUUAUUAGGACAGACUUUCCCUUUCGCUUUUGUUUUUACCCUGCUCUUAGAAGAUACGACGCCGUUUUGUAACAUUUGAGUACUCCGUUUACUUGUAAAACCCUGCAUUUGGAUUCCUAUCCCACCACCACAUCAUCGCCGCCGCCGGCGGUAUCCAAGUAGGGCGCAAAUCCAACAUCUGUUUAACGUAAUUAUAAAAAACAAUUAAUGGAAGACAAGCCCUCGACGUUGAGUUCCUCCCCCACUUCCGCCAAUUACACCACCCCCAAAACCACGCAAGAGCUGGCAAUUGACGGCCAAAAACACCUCGAAGAAACAAUUGAAGCCGCUUUCUUAAUCCUUUCCGCCAUGAAUGACGAGCUUUGCAAUCCAAAUCUCUGGUCUACCCCCACCACCACCUCCGCCACCACUACUCAGCGUAAUACCAGCGCCGCCGCCGCUGCUAAUACUACUAUUGCUAAUGGCGGGCCUACCAGUAUGAGUAUUGGGCAACACUCAAAUGGUGACGUUCUAUCGGACUCGUCUUCUUCCGCUUCUUCCUCCGCCUCCGCCUCUGCCGCCCAGUCUCAUCACCCUAACUUUGAUAUUGGGGGUGGGGCCCUCGAUGAGGCCCGCCUCCGGUACAAAGCCGCUGUGGCGGCUCUGCGCUCUGUUCUCACUGCCAUUUCCAAUGCUGAAAAGGCAAAGGCGCCUGAAGCUAUUUCAUCUGUAUCUCCUUCAGAGCAAACUGAAAUUGAGAAGCUUGAAGAGCAGGCCUCUACCUUAAGAAAGGAGCUCACGAACAAGAAUAAGCAUCUGAAGCUUCUGAUAGACCAGCUUCGAAAUCUUAUAGCCGACAUAUCUACUUGGCAAAGUCCUUGUUCAGUAUGAGUUCAGCUGGAUUUUGCAAUAUGAUUUAUGGAAAUAUAGAUUUUUUCAAGGUGUUGCUAUGUUGCUGAACUCUUUUCUGAUUUUGACUUCACUAUCAAUGUGUUAUUGUUUUAAUGUAGCUGAGAGUAUUCCUGGUUUACCCUUGUUUUAGUCAAUGUAAGUUUGAUAAUAUUGGUAUAGCCCUUGAUGAUAAUGUAUAAAAGCUUGGCAGAUUAGCUUUAGCUUGGUUUCCGUUU